ACUCGCACACACAUUAUGUUCUGUUGGAGAAACAGUAAAGCACAGGAGCACACUACUAAAAUUGUAUUUCUCCGCCUUGAAACUCAUCCGUGCGAUAUAUCUGUUUAUUUGUAUUUUUUUUGAUCAUGUUUGAUGUAGAAUCGACUCAUCCGCGUUUCUUGCAUCUAGUUUGUCUUUGCAUGCGAGACCAGUCUUAACAUGGUCGGAUGGGCGGUUUAGGGAAGCUUCCGCUCCAAUGUUUUACAAUCUACAGCCUCCUACUAAACUGGGGAGCUGGCUGUAGCCGUGCUAGCAAACUGGAUUAGCUGGCUUGUUAGCUUGGCACCGUGGCUAUGUAGCUGAUACGGUCCAGGCUGAGUAGCUGCUAACAUCAGCAAGGCCGCCAUUGGAGUCGAGUGUGUGUGGUUCGUCGGGAGCUGCCGCAGUAAAGGAGGGCUCUGUGUCUGUAGCCAGCAGUCGUCCUGCCCUCUCAGAUAGCACAUAAAUAACUCGAUUACUCAUCUCUGUGCUCUGGUAGUGUAUUCAAACCAGCAUCUGCAGUGGGAUCUGUGUCUUGGGUGUGUUCCCGUGUCUGCUUGCUGACAAAAGCACCAGCGCGACGCCGCACAAAACAAAGCCCGAUAACCCCGAUUCUUUAUUAAGUACUCGUCCGGCCAGAAAACGGAGGUCGUGGGGCUGGAGUGUGUGCUCAUGGCCGAGUCAGAGACUGAAUGUGACACACCCGGCCUUGACACACUUGGGUCGGAGUGUGUCAUAGCCCACAGCCAUGUCGACCUUCACUAUGGAGCAGAAACGGAGAUCAUGACAGAGGAAAAGCGUGGAUUAGAGCUGGAGAUCCAUGGCUCAGACUUAAAGAUCCAGGGACUGGGAACAGAGCUUGGAGCCGUCGCCUGCGUUGAUGCGAUUGUAGCCGAGACAGACCAUGAUUACAUUAAGGUGGAACACGGCGAGAUGCACUGUUUCACGGGAGCAGAAAUCAAGACGACUGGGACCGAGACUCUGCUGGGAGAAGUGUUGCUUAAGACGGAAAGCGAGCACGUGGUUAAAGUGGAGUCUGACCACGGUGGAGAGUUGACAGUGGAGUCUGAGAAUGGUGUAAUCAUACAUGAAGCCCAUGGUCUGCAGUGCAAUGAGUGCGGGGAGAUUUUUGGCAGCAUAGCAGAUCUUCAUCAACACUUUGAGAUCCACAAGGACCUCAACCCAUACAUCUGCGUUCACUGUGGAGAAAGCUUCGCUGUAGAAGCCAGUCUCAAGCAGCACAUGAAAAUUCACAUGAAAGAAAAGCCCUAUGUUCCCCCUGGAGUUGAGAUCAUGGGCAAAGAUGUUAUUGAUGCCUUCAGCCUUAAGUCUCAUCAGAUGAUCCAUUUGUCAGAUAAGCCCCACCGAUGCUCGGAGUGCGGCAAGAGCUUUGCAGCAGCCAUCACCCUUAGAGAACACAUGAAGAUGCAUUCAGAGGACAAGCCCUACAAGUGCACCCAGUGUAGGAAGAGCUUCGUCCGCAGAAGGCAUCUGAAAAAGCAUCAGGAGGUGCACGCACGAGAGAAGCCAUAUACCUGCGGCCAGUGUGGCAAAGGCUUUGCUACAACUUCCAACCUGAAGCAGCACCAGAAGACCCACGCUGCCGUUGUGCUCGGAGACAAACCCCACCGAUGCGCACAGUGCGGAAAGUGUUUUGCGGCCGCCGCCACCCUGAGAGAACACCAGAGGAUCCACUCGGGCGAAAAGCCGUACAAGUGCAACAUGUGCAGGAAGAGCUUCGUCCGCAAACGCCACCUGAAGAAGCACCAGCAGGUCCACGCCGGCGGGAAGCCCUACACCUGCAGACAUUGCAACAAGGGCUUCAAUCACUCCUCUUCUCUUUCCCGCCACCACAAGACCCACCUGCAGAACCCGGUGUUUUCUCCACCGCAGCCUGGGAAAACCUUGUCCUACGGCUCUCCUCCAAAACAGAGGGUGCACCAGCAGGGAGACAAGCCCUACAUGUGCCACCACUGCGACAAGGGCUUCAAUCAUUCCUCUUCCCUGUCGCGGCACCAAAGAGUCCACUCGGAGGGAAAGAGCUACACCUGCGGCCACUGUGGCAAACGAUUCAAUCACUCCUCCUCGCUCGCCCGGCACCAGAGAGUCCACUUGGAGAACAAACAGCAGCAAGAGCAGCAGCAGCAGCCGUCGUCGCCGCCACAGCCGCAACCGCAGCAGUACACCACCAUCCCCACAGGGAAGGGAUUCCCCAACAACGCCUUCCCAAAACAGCGCAUCCUGUCCGUUGAAAAACCCUACAGGUGCUCCCAAUGCGGCAAAGGCUUUAACCAUUCGUCGUCCCUCUCCAGACAUCACAGGAUCCACGUGGAUCAGUGAGCAACCCUCUCUCGCCCUCACAUGGGGUCCCACACAAGCGCACACAUCUCCGCUCCCCCCUCGUUUCUGUUCUAUCAGCGGUCCCUUCAUCGAUAUCGCCACACCACAGGAAACAUGAGGCCAGCUUCUAUAGGAAAGAGGUCAGGACGUUUGCCAUGUUGAAGCGGAGCAGCUGAGAAGGAAUGGACAGUAACACACAAGUCUUCAAAAAAGGAAGUGGCUUGGCCUGAAGGACAGUGAAACCUAUAAUUCGGAGUUCAACUCAGAGCUCGGUUUAAAGAGGGUUUAAUAAUACAUUGUGAAGGAGUCUCUAUUCUUGUUUGUGAUUGUACUUCACAUGCUCCAGGACCUGUUUUGAACAUUUUUAAAGGAAAAAAAGAAAAUGUGAUUUAAAGAUCUACAUGCUAAAAUUGUUACCUGGGGAGGGAUAAAUAUGCUACGCCCUCUGGUUAGUGUUUUUGAUAGAAGAAUUCAGUUAAUGUACCUUCAGGUUGGCACAAGCGCUUUUCAGCUUCAACUUUAUUCAAUGCUACCAACACAACUGGUGAACAAAAACUUGUAGUUAUUUUUCUUAUCACUCACAAGACCCAUGUGAAGCGAAUAUUAAAAAAAAAAUCCAAUGUAAAUAAUUGAUUUUCUUUUAUAUAUAUGUAUAGGUGACUAGUGUGCUGUUCCAAAAGAUUACAUUUUUGAUAGUAAGAUCCACUUUGUCUCCACCUUUUUAUUUUCCUCCUCCCCCCCUUUUGAAUUUAAUUUGUUUUAAGUGUUGGAGAUAAAAACAUGUUGCAGGUGUACUCAUGCAGUUUGAAAUUGGGCUCGGUCACUCAUGAGUUGUCUUGUAAAUUUCUGAGGUUGUUUCUUCUUUUGUAUGUCUUGCGAUGGGUUAGUACUGCUGCAUAGACUGUACAGAGAGCAAUACUGGCUGACACCCUGAGGUUAUUAUGACAUGCAAGUUAGCCAUAAAGAAGUGCAUAACCGGAAAUAAAAACCUACUUGGGUAGCAUAUUACAACAUGACCCGUGUCCUAAUUAUUUACUGAGCUGUCGCCUCUGUACCCAAACGUACACGAGAUGCAACAUCACACUAUUACUUUGGAGACUAAUUACCUGUGUAUAGAAUAUAGGUAACUCAUUUUGAUCUGCAAACAAUUUGGACUAAAAAUAAAAAAAAAAAAGGUUGUGUAUACUAAAACAAAACUACAUGAGGAAAUCUCACUUUUACAAGAUAUUUCCGAAGUCUAAUGGAUUGCGUUCUAUUUACUGUUAUGUGUAAAAUAUCUUUUACAAACUGAUGUAUUUUUUUAGAUAUGGCUUGGGUUAUAUGAAAGGGAAUGAGAGAUACAGCUUUUAUGAGAGUGAACAUUUUUGGUGAGCAAUAUUUUUCCUUUUUCUUUGAUAACAAUUGUGCUUCAGACUGUAGCAUAGGUUUCUUCCUUGUGUUAGAUAGGUGCCUUAUUGCAUGCUAUGUAGAGAUGUAUGCCGAGCUGUUAUUUGAGAAAAAAAAAAAGUUAGGGUUUUCAGGAGUCUUUUGUUCAUAUUCAUACUAACUUACCCUACGUUUUAAUUUGAUGUCACUGAUUCCUGUUGCUUUUUUCGUUUUGCUUUCGUGUAUAUUACCAUGUGUUUACACUGUUACGACCAUAUUGUCUAUUUUUUUCCCCUUCAUUAUUUUUGUCAAUGGCCUCAUUGUAGAGAGAAAAAUUGUAAAAGAUCCAUAUAGACUUCUCUUAAGGGCGAAUCCUGUAACACCUUCCCAAUUUCUGAGUGGCACGUAUAUGGAUAAAUAAAGGUUGUUGACUCUC